GAAACCCACAAUGGAUAACCUCAGUAUAAACAACAGAACGCGGAGUUACAGCUUUCUUAAUACGGUGUGUCAUGAGAAGCAGCAGGAAAUCGACCUUCUGAACAAACAGAUCUGUGUAAAGGACAACAUUAUUACAGAUUUAAAAGCCAGGCUGGGGAGACACGAAAGGCUGUAUAUGCCGGUGGGAGAUAAGGAGUCUGUGCUCAUCGGUCCCUCCAACUCUUUGGUGGAGAGCUUGCUCAAUGAAAUAUACAAACUGAAGCAGAAGAAGAACGAACUGGACUUAAUGGCAGCCCGACAAGCAGAGGAGAUCCAGAGGCUGAAUGCACAGCUCAGAGAGAAGGAGCUGGAGCUGGAGACCAUCAGGUGUCAGCCGGAUCACGAGAAGGACCAGGAGAUCCAGAGGCUGCGGGCAGCCUUGCAGGAGAGGGACCGGGCCGAGGCCACCAGAAACGUCCUCUGUACCUCCCUGGCCGAGGAGGCCGACCAGCUGCGCGGCCAGCUCAGCACAACCGUGAAAGUGUGCCAGGAGCUGAUGACCAGACUGCAGAAAGAUAAAAGAGGGGGAGGAGAACUGGAGGAUAUGGCCCAGAUGCAAAAGAAUACAGAGGUGUCAGAGUCCUCUGAUAUGGAUAGCCUUAAUGCCCAAAUCCGUCAACUUCAGGACGAGAAUCAACAGUUAAAGCAACGUGUGGCAUACGUACAAAACCUGAAUUCUCAGUGGCAAAAGUAUGAUUCCAGCAGGGAGGACUAUAUCAAAGGGUUAUGUCAAAGGCUGAAGGAGAGCACUGGGCAGGGCUUGAUGCCUGUAACGAGCUCAGUCAACAGCGGAUUGCUUCAUCAGGAGAUUUCCAGGCUCAAUAACUUACUGGAGGACAAAAUGAGGGAGUGUGCGAGGCUUGUUAGAGAAAAGGAGGAGAUCAGGAGACAAGACAAUGAUCGAAUUCAGACACUUGAGCAGCAGGUUCUCAUCUACACUGAAGACUUUAAGUCAGAGCGCGCUGACAGAGAGCGAGCACAGGGCCAGAUCGAUGCCCUGAAGGAGCAGCUAAAGCAGCAGCUGCACAAACAGCAGGGGGCUAGCAGAGAGAGCAGAGAUGUGGUUCCCAUGUGCCGCGUGCACAUAGGACACAGGAUCUCCUCAAAGCGAAGUAAGGACACGUCAGAGCCUCUAUUGAGGACCACUGCUGAGAGGCGGCAGCAGCCCGCAGCUGCGGCAGCAACCCCAAACUCUGCCUGGAACGAAUGCCCAGUCCUGUCAGAGUUGCAGUGCCCACAGUGCCAAGCCACGUUCAGUGACACAGAAACUACAGAGUACCUGAACCACUGUUUAGACUGUGCCCGACUAUAAGUGGAGGAACACUGAUUUGGAAAUAGCAGUCAUUUCUUACUGACAUUAACUGAACACUGAAGACCAGCACUACACUGCAGAAAAUACCCUGAGUGGAGAUUCCAGUUCUGAGAAGCUUGACUACAAAUCAAACAACUGACUUACCUUUUGACUUUUUUUUUUUUUUUUUUUUGUACAUAGUGAAGCAAAACUGUACAAGUCAACUGGUUAAUCAAGCCUAAGUUUGCAUAUGUUUUUUUUUUUUUUUUUUAAUCCAGUGUCAGGUUCUGAGAGUUCUCCUGUGGCAUUGUGGGAAAUUAUUGUGGUGGGGAAGAGGAUUGGAAUGCAAUAUAUUGAAUAUAAUAUACCUCAGUGUCAAUUUACAAACCUAUUGCACUUUCUUGACAUUUAGUUUAAAACUAAUCGUAGUGUCGUACGAUUAAAUAAAUUCAUGAUGCAUAAGCUUCUUAUUUUGGAUCUAGAUGAUAAUGUGGUGCUAUCAAACUUAACAUGUUUCUAUUUUGUAAAGUAUAUAUAUUCUUAAUAACAGAUUUACAACUAUGUAACUAUUGAUAUUUAUUUGUCUUAAACUGAAAAAUGGCAAAUCAUUUUAUUGCAAUGUUUUGUUGCCCUCUUUUUUCCCCACCAAAGCCAUUAAAUAUAUAUUUUUGGUAAAUGUUUGGGAUUCAAAAAAAAAGAAAAGAAAAGAAAAGUGGUUGAACCAGAGACAAAUGUUGGAGAUCAAUUUUUGAUCAGCGUGUGUAAAGAUCACAUCUCAACUGGCAUAUUUUUGGAGAUGUGUUGUUUUUCUGGGGGCAGUGCGUUAUUUUUGUAAUA